GCCUUAUCAGGGGGGGCUGACGAUGCUCAAGGGGGUGACUGGCGGCCUGCGGUCGCUCCAUCUCCUCGACAAGGUGGGUGCCGGGGGGUAAUGUGGCCAUGGGCGGGUGGACAGAACGUACGUGUUGUUGUGUUGACAUUCCCUUGUAGGUGAUAGCUGAUGGACACCCUCCUGUGUACACGCCUCUUCACUUAGUUGCCGAAUCGCUCGAGAGAACGCCCUCCAACUCUACCAUCACGUCACUCACGGGCGCCAUUUGCUUUGUUGGCCCAGAAGCUCCCCCAGCUAGCGGCCUGGAGUGCCUGGAGUGCCUGGAGGCUGUGUGGGGUACGACGAGAUUCGCCGAUGCUUCUCAAGUGAAGGUAUGCACAUGCAUAAAACACUAUAACCUGACGUGGGCAUCUUGAUGAUGUGAAAAGGCAUGCCUUGUAGGCGCUCCACAAGUUCCGAAGCGCAUGGCUGGCGAAGGGCGCGAAGGAGCUGUACCACGCCGGACAGACGGACAACGGAGACGUGCGCCUCGUCAGGCGAGCAACGCGCGAGUGCCCCGCGCCCUUUGACAUCCACUUGCCGCUGAUCGGCAAGGCAGAGGAACUCGCCGGCAUCCGAUCGACCCUGCAGUUCUUCGUGUCGAGCGCCACACUCGUGAACCUCCACCCUUACCUCCUCGAUCAACAUGCAACCGGCGCGCGCGAGCUCUACGGCCUCUCCUUCAAGAAUGCAGACAAACUGCACGUUUGGAUUCCGGAGGGCAUGACGGAUUUCCAUGUCCGCCAGCCGUUGCCGAUCUGGAUCACUGAGAGUGCGCAGUUUGGCGCGGUCAAGACGCUCUACCUCGACCACAGGAGAGGGCCAGAGGGUGUGUCGCUGUAUGGGGGAGGGGUAGACAAGGUCAUGGGCCGGCUGCCCAAACUGGCCAAGGUCGGUUUCAUGCGUCGGCCGAUCACGUCUACAAACGGGCCGCCCGCCGUUGUGCCGUUGAUGUGGGCGGGGCUGAAGCACUGUGCUGUCGAGGGGGGGCCUCUCGACGUGUUAGUGGAAGUGAAUCUGUGCGCGCGACCGGCACAGAGUGGUUUUGUAGUCCCAAUUUUUCACUGGCAGACGGUAGAAGAGGAGUCAGAUGAGCUCGAUGCAGUGCUGAAAGCUAGGGUGGGGAAGGUGACAGUGGUUCUCCAUGUGCGUCAUGGGCGAGGGGCGGCUAACCAGCCGCCGCCGCCUGCACUGCCGUCGCUGUCCGUGUGUGUCUCGUCCUUUGCUUUCAAUGCCUGGUGGGUCUUGAAGCGAUUUCCCACAGUUGAGAAGUUCUGUCUGAGGGUGGGCGAAGGGGCGUCCUGUGAUAGUGACAUACUCAUGGAAUUCUUGCGGGGGUUGGGAUUCCCGGGCAGUGCGAUGGCGAAGAGUGUGAGUGGGAAUAGCACGAUUGUGUUUGAGAGAGGCGAGCGUCCAUGUGAGAGAGAUUCGUUUGCCGGUGGCGUGCCGGUGUGUGAGGACAGUGAGGCGAUGGACAGCCAGCCUGUAGCUUAGCUGCUCGUGGCGCGGAAAGGAAUGCGGGUCGGUGGGGCUUCAUGUGUGGCUUCAUCGAGACGAGGCCAGACGAUCACAUGCUGCCAUGACCAUGAGAGGGGGGAGGCGGGCAAACAGGCCUAGGUGGCUGUGCAGUUAGUUGUCAUUGGGGCCCCUGUGUCAGUGCUGUCGUGUCACUGUGCAUGCGGCGUCAGGGAGUUCUUUGAGAGCGGUCUCCAUCCCCUGGAUAAGGCGAUGGAGGUUCCUCUUGAAGACGAACGUGACGCUACGUGCACAAGACACUUGAUCGAGAUCGAUGGAUGAGGGGAUGCAUCCACUAUGUCGACUGCUGUACGGAUCUGCUGCUGUGAGCAGCGGAUAUGGUGAUGGAGAUUGUCGCUGUGUUGCUGCGGUGAUUUUCCGCCUGCUGGGAUGUGUCUGUGGGCGCUUCGUCUGCUGUUCGCCGUCCACUGUGUGAGCAGUACAAGCCACGGAGGCCUGUCGUGGCUCGACGUGUGCGUGCAUGCCGUUUCAUGUCUCUCUGCAUGCUGCCGCCGAUUGCCACUCGUGCCAAAUCUGCUCGGACGCCUGACGGUUGUGUGUCAAUUUUUUUGCUUCCACCUCAGGCUGAUGGUGGCUGUCUAUUUGUCGCUUGCUGCUGUGUGUCUGAGAGAGAGGGGCGCGGGUGUGAGGGGAGCGGGGUGGUCGAUGGUGUGCCGGGCCCAUGGAUGAGGUCAGCGAUGGGGUGUGGCUGUGCUCUCUGGUGCUCAUGGCUUUAUUGCCAUGAAUGUACUCUGUUCCUCUCGAGUUUUGUAGUGGUGAUUUUCCAUUGCUGUGUGUGUCUGUCUGUUGUCCUGCGUCCGAUCUGUCUGCCGCUGAAUGGCCGCUGUGUGUGAGCUCUCACACACCUGCUGCCGGUCAGCCGCACAGGGAGGGAGAAGGACAACAGCCAACACGCCCUACAGCCGUACGAACGACAGCAAAGAGCUGUUGUGUCUCGAUGCGUGUGUGGUCUUGGUGUGCGUUAUUGAGUGCAUCAUGUAGUAUUAAGUCCUCGGAUGGGCUGUCAAUUCAUACACUUGCUGGCGACUGUCUGUUUGUUCGCUCCUUGCGCAUGUGUGCUCGACAAAUGUGCGUCUGUCCGCCUUGGGGUUUGUGUCAAAGGUGAGGACGCCCAAAUGUGGACAGACACUGAAUUAAUACGAUGGCAAUGCACUUUCG